UACCUCGACAUGCAUAAUUAUUUCCGCGCGCAGUACGGUGCCUCGGCGCUGGCGUGGUCGGACGAUCUGCAGGCGGCUGCGCAGAGUUAUGCCGACAGCUGUGUGUUUGCCAAUCCGGGCGACGCGCUCGGUGCGGUGGGCACGAAUAUGGCGGCUGGCACGGGGACGUUUGAGCCAACGGCUGCGGUGCAGUUGUUCAUGAGCGAUGAAUCGUCGUAUUCCGCUGCGAACCCAACGUACUCCCACUUCACACAGGUCGUGUGGAAGGCUACCACUGAGCUGGGGUGUGCUGCUGCACUGUGCGACAGUAUCUUCGAUGCUCCGGCGACGUACCAUGUAUGCGUCUACAAUCCUGCCGGAAAUAUCAUCGGAGAAGCGGAGUGA